AUGGUACCACAACCACAUGGAAAUGACAUUGACAUUUAUUUGCAACCUCUUAUUGAUGACUUGAAGAUUAUGUGGGAAAAAGGUGUUGAGGUUUUUGAUGCACAUCGCCAAGAAAAGUUCAAUUUGAGGGCAAUGUUGUUCUGCACAAUCCAAGAUUAUCCAGCAUAUGGAAAUCUUUCAGGGUAUACAGUGAAAGGGAAGGCCUUUGAUGGGGAGCAAGUGUUUGAAAGACAUCCAAAAAUCUCAACGGGUGAAGAGGUGUUUGCAAAGAUAAAAGAUUUUCAAAUCACAUUUGGGAAAAGAAACAAAAAAGAUCUUCCUACACAAGGCUAUAAAAAGUGUUCUAAUUUGUGGAGGUUGCCUUAUUGGAGACUCUUGUUUGUUAGACAUUCUUUGGAUAUAAUGCAUAUCGAGAAGAAUGUGUGUGAUAGUCUUAUUGGUACAUUGUUGAAUAUCCCUGGAAAGACAAAGGACGACCCUAAUGCUAGAGAUGACCUCAAGCAAAUGAAAAUCAGAACCGAACUUCAUCCCGUAAAGAAAGAAGAUAGAAAUUUUUUGCCUCCGGCUGCUUAUACAUUGUCAAGAAAGGAGAAAAAACAGUUUUGUGAGUGUUUGGCCGGAGUGAAAGUGCCGCAGGGUUACUCUUCGAACAUUCAUAGCCUUGUUUCUAUGGAAAACCUAAAGCUUGUGGGUCUUAAGUCUCAUGAUUGCCAUGUUCUAAUGCAACACCUGUUACCAGUGGCUCUUCGUGGUAUUUUGCCUAAAAAUGUCAGAGUUUCCAUUACAAGAUUGUGUUCUUUUUUUCAUGCAAUCUACAACAAAGUCAUUGAUCCAAAAGACUUGGAUGAUUUAGAAAGUGAAAUUGUUGUGAUUUUGUGCCAAUUGGAAAUGUACUUCCCUCCAUCAUUUUUUGAUGUCAUGAUCCAUUUGACAGUACAUUUGGUGAGAGAGGCAAGAUAUUAUGGGCCUAUGUAUUUGAGAAAUCAAUACCCUUUCGAGAGGCAAAUGAAAACUUACAAGGGGUAUGUGAAGAAUCAUAGGCGGCCUGAAGGUUGUAUAGCGGAACGAGUAUUGUAUGAGAAUGUUAUGUCAUUUUGUAGUGAGUACCUUGGAAAUGUGAAGAUGAUAGGGCUUCCCACAUCUCGUCACAGUGAUAGAAUGGACGGGAAGGGCACCAUUGGUCAUAAAGUAGUUAACUUGUCUUAUGACAAGUGGAUUUUGGCCCACACCUAUAUUCUUCAUAAUCAGGAAGAAGUUGCACCUUAUGUCAAGCAACACAUGACUUACUUAAGGAAGAAUAAUCGGAAGGCCCAUGAAAAGUCACUAGCAAAUGAACAUAAUAAGACAUUCAGUACUUGGUUUAAAAAACAAGUGAUGGAAGAUCUCAAAGAUGCAUCAAAAUGCAUUUCUGAUCGACUUAAGAGCUUGUCCUAUGGACCAAAUUUCAGUGCCUCCUUAUACUCGGGAUUUGUCAUUAAUGGUUGUACAUUUUACACAAGGGAGCAAGAUGAACAUAGUACUAUGCAUAAUAGUGGAGUAACUUUGGAAGCCGAAGCUUUGCAUUUUGCUAGUGCUAAAGAUAAGCAUCCUGUUUACUGUAAAAUGCAUUAUUAUGGUGUCAUUGAAGAGACAUUGGUCAAUCUUAACAAAAUUGGCCAUAAGAAAGAUCCUUUCAUAUUGGCUAGUCAAGCUAAACAAGUGUUUUAUGUGACUGACCCAUCUGAUAAGAGAAUGUCUGUAGUUAUAUCACCAGGUUCUCGCCAUAUAAUUGAUGAUCAUGAAGGAGAUAUUGCGAUGGAGGAAGAGUCUCUUAUAAGAAAGGUACAACUCGAGAUUGAUGAUAAUGAUGAAUCUUCUACUUAUGUACGAAAUGACCAUGGUGAAGGGAUGUUAAUGGCUAAAAAAAGAAAGCAAAGAAGCCAAUCGGAAGACAACUUAGCCUCUGAUCCAGAAGAUGAGGCAUUCGAUGCUAAAAAGAUUAGACGUGAAGAUGAGAGAGGUCACACUGUACUUGCAAAGGUGGGAAAGGCGAUUCACAGUGGAACCAAAAUCCCGGUGGAAUGGCACCCGACACGUAAUGUACCAAGAGGGGAUAAUCGCAUUACUCUUUCCACUUACAUUGGUGUAAUUGUUCGGGAACGUGUAAGCAUAAAUUAUAAGAAAUGGAGUGAUGUUCCAAAAGAAAUGAAGAAUGAGGUGUGCGAAUUCAUCAUGGUUGGCAUUAGUUUGAUGCAACUUUAUGCAGUGAAUUUGUUACUUUGGAAUUCUGAAUAUAUGCUAAAGUAA